UUACUUCCAGCACCGCCUGUUUGCUUCCUGCACCUCUUGAUAUUUACUAAUUGGACAAAAUUGUCCUUCAUGGGUUAUGACUGGUAACCCUAGCACCCCAACCUCUUUCGUUCCCCCCUGUUGCCCCAACCCUAGCACCCCCUUCCCUGGCGGCGCCACCGCAGCUACGCCCUUCCCUGCCUGAGUGAGCCUCAAACCCCGCUGCAGCAAAGCCCUUCCCUAAUUGUGCGGCGCAAAUUGAGACCCCCUCAGUUCCCGCCCCCAUUGUGCGACGCCGGCGACGAAGGGAAAGUAUUUGGUGGUUUGUGAUGUGAAUUUGAGAGCCUCCAGUGUUCAGCAAGUCAAAAUUUGGGCCUCAAGGAUCUUGUUGUUUGCAGAGUUGGACAGACAGGGUCUGAAAAAGGAAGUGAGAACAUAAGCAUUAAGCAUCAAAAUGGAAUUAGCAGACAGAGCUGUUGGAUUUCUGUUAUCCUUUAUCAGCUUAUCAAUAUUUACCUAUUAUACUUUCUGGGUUAUCAUCCUGCCAUUUGUGGAUGAUGAUCACUUUGUGCACAAGUACUUCUUACCCCAAGAGUAUACCAUACUGAUACCAGUUUCAGCUGGUGUGGCACUUCUUUGCCUCUUGUGCAUAUUUAUUGGAUUCGUGAUGCUCAAAUCCAAAAAGAAGAAGGCCUAAUAGCUAAUACUGUCAAUUUGUUCUAAUUUUUGAAACAGUGAAUUUAUUAAAUGCAUUUCGAUCAUUUCGUUCGAAUUAUUAGUAGCCACUUUUUGUUUGUCUUCGCAUGGAAAUACAUGGAUGAGUUAAGUGAGGCAUGCUUCAAAAUUUUGUUA